AUGCCACCGAACUCAGACCAUUCAGUUCUUCAGAAAGACGAAAGAUGCGGGGCCAGUAUAUUCAACAUUUCUUAUUAUAAAACGCUUAAGAAGUAUUUUAUAUUUUUGGGACAGUCUCCAUCGCAAACUGAUCUACAUAGUAAUAUUAAUGCUACUCUGGUAAUAUGUAUUAACGUUAGCAUACUACUACCUUCGGUUUUUCAAAUGCAGUUGUCGUUAUCCAAGAAGGAUUGGGACGGGGUUAUCGAGAGCCAACCACAUUUAAUUACGGCUGCCCUCGCUAUUGUAAAAUUAUUAAAUCUCCAUCUCAACAGACAAAAUUUUAAAGAAUUAUUUGUCUCCGUGAAAGAAGAAUGGGAGGAAUUAAAGCUCGCCGAUGAACUGCAUUAUCUAGAUGUUCUCACCGAGAGAGGGAGCAAAAUUGCCCAACUAUACAGAAGUAAGUGCUUUUACGUAAUUUUCAACAGAUGUUCCAUUGGAGUUCUUAUACAAAUUUUCGACUUGUUCGGAAUUAAUUCCUCGCAAAAUUAUCAAUCAGAAGUCCUGUACCAUAUUACUACUGAGAGUUUCGCUAAAGCUGCGUUAUGGAGAUAUAAGAUUAGAAAAGCAACUGAAAAUAAUUAUGUGACUAAAAAUGGAGGUGCUUUGAAGGGUAACGGAUAUCAAGACUUUAGGCAGUGCGUUAUAGUCCACAAUAAAGCCAUCAAGUUUUUCGAGUUCCUGGAUAAUCUAAAUCGAAAAAAUUACUUGAUUCAAAUCGGACUUAACAUGAUAGGUAUUAGCAUCACAGCCUUUCAAGCUGUUGUACACUUGCACGAACCUGAUCAAUUUUUUAGAUACUGUGUUUUCUUCGCCGGUCAGAACUUUCAUUUGUUCAUUCUCAGUUUACCUGGACAGGUGCUUCUAGAUUACAGUUUAGACUUAGCCACCAACAU